AUGGAUGACACGGCGAGGACCGAAUAUCCCGCCAUGCUGGCUAGCUUGCAGCCUACCCAAGCUGCGCGCGUUCUCAACGACCGGGUGAAGCGCAUCGACAAGCUGAAUGUCGACAUUGCCGACUGGCUUCAGGAGCGUCAUCGGAUCGAGGAGCAAUACGUGCAAGGUCUGCGGCGACUCGCGCAGAACCAUAAAGGCCCCGAUGUCCAUUCCGAGCUUGGUCUAAUUCAGGGCCCAUGGUCCCGCGUUGUUGCCGGUGUCGAGUCCAUGGCCAAAUCGCACCACAUUCUUUCCGAGUCACUCGAAAAAGACGUCGAGCAGUCUCUACGUACCUAUGCGCAACCAAGGCAUUAUCCCAGUGUCCAUGAGCUUGCGAGAAAUCUUACUACCCUCGCAAAAUCUCUUGAAAAGCAUAACAAGAAGGCCGACAAAGGCACUUCGCACAUCGGGGAAACCCCAUCGCAGCAAUGGGAGCUGCAAGCUCCUCAUAUUUUCGAAGUUCUCCAAGCAGUUGACGAGUCCCGGAUAGAUCACUUGCGAGGUGUGCUCACACGGUACCAAACAUAUGAGGCGGAACAAGUUCAGCGAGCCCAAGAAAUCACUGCCCGGACUCUGGCUGCCGUCAUCGAAAUCAACACCAAAGAUGAGAUUAAUGAUUUUGCGUCCAGGACGACAGCUGGGCUGCCUCCACCACCGACAAGGUCCUCCACGCGCCCAUCGUCGACGGGGGGAAGACAGCCAUCGAUAGACCAAGGGUUGCCACUGCCAAAUCCCAACACCACGCGCUCCACCCUGCCAACAAAUAUUCCACCUCCCACUGGGGGUUCUGCAUCCCAGCUAUCGCAAGAAGACGAUUUCAACGAGCAGCUUCCCAAGGAGCAACCCAAAGAGUCUAAAUUGCGACGACUCGGUACCCUCUUCGGGAGACGGCGACAAAGCGUCCAUGCUGGGUUUGGAUCGCUUUCACCCAGUAAACCGGGUGGCGCUACAUUUGGUCGUCUUGGAAGCAGCCAUGGCAGGAGCAUCUCUCCGCACACGUCUUCGACCAAUCUCCACGACGCUGGCCGUCUGUCUUCGUUGGCAGAAACCCCACGCCACCCAGCCAACGCUCAGGACGAGUUUACAAACGGAGAAAAUCGCCAGCGCGAGGGCGUGAAUGGGGUGCGCACGAAAGAGGGCGCGGGCGCUGAAGGCGCGAACGGAACUCGCUCGGCUGACUUGUUCGACACGCCUCCGCUCUCUGGACCACCUCCCUUCCAGCAGAUUGAGAAACCCGGCGAGCCAGCCAGAGAUUCUGAAGGAUACACUAUCCGAGCGCCCAUGGAUGAUCCGAUAUCUCAAGCCCAGCGAGAAGCAGCGGGCGAAGAGGCAGAUCAGCUCUUGAGACUAAACAUUCAAAACCAACCCGUGGAGGAGGAGGAUCCCGAAGCCAAGCAGGCCGCUCUGUCUAAUGUUGCGAAAUCGCUACAGAUUGGUCCUGCGACUCGUCGAACAAGCGCUAUUCGCGGUCGACGAGAUGUUAGAAACACCAUCUAUGUACCGCCACCCGGGCUUUCACUCAGCUCAACAGACUCCUCCCUGCCUGCGAUUUCAGCUUCCCCACCGUCGACGGGAUCUUUUCUCACUCGCCCACCUGCCCUUAACGCGUUGGCCUCGGAAGCGAGUUUGGCGGGCACCUCUGACAGUCAGUCAGUGCGGUCGGGUCACUCUCUCCGAAGCCUUGUCCACGCCAAGCAUCCAGCUGAGUUGAAUGGUCCCGGGUUGCAGGGAUCCAUUAUUGAGACCGUCUCUGCCGUCUUUGUAGAUGGAACCCUCAAGAGGGCCAGCAUUUCCGGAGAGAUUGCGUUUGUGAACAAUGACGCUGAUGCGUCAUCCAAGAAGACGCAUGAAACAAUUCGGAUAAACAACUUUCCUAAGCUAGAACGCAUCGGACCAAAUCGCAUCUUUGUUCAAAAUGCCUCCCUUGACCAACCCGACCAAUACACCCUCGACCUUUCACAUCUCUCCAGAACAUCAAUCGCUUUUUCAUACAAGGUCUUUGCCGAGGAGGCCGAUACUGCUCUUUUGGGGAAGCAUUGCCCUAUCCUGCUGAAGCCAGUCUGGAAACCGCAAGAUGACAAGUUGGGCUUGCUCCUGCAGUACCAGCUGCAUCCUGCGAGCAGUUUCCCCUGUCCGGUCGCUUUGCACAAUGUGGUGCUCGUCGCCACGUACGACGGAAAGGCCAGCGGCGCUCAGACCAAACCCAGCGGCACACAUCUGAAGGAUAAGCACCUCAUCUACUGGCGGCUGGGCGAUGUCACUGUCACGAGCGAUGUAUCAAAAAUUGUGUGCCGAGUGGUGGGAGCAGACGGGACGUGUCCCGCCCCGGGGCACGUAGAGGCUCGGUGGGAAUACGCCGCCGCUGCGGGAGACCAAGUCGGCAGCGGCAUCUCAAUCUCAAGACCAGCUGAUCGGAGCAAGGGCAAGGAUCCCAGCGACGACGACCCAUUCGCCGAUGCCGGAGCGCCGGCCAGCCCAGGCCCGGCUUGGAUAGAUGUUCCAGCAGCACGGAAACUAGUAAGCGGGAACUACGAGGGCAGGUGA